AAUGAUAUAAGUACUAGAAGAGAGAAGUGGUAUUAAAAACAAUUAAUUUUAGAGGGAUAAUAAUAAUAAUAAUAUGAAAUAGAUGGAGUUUAAUUGAGAAUAUGGGAAGAAGGUAAUAAAGCUUUUUUUAAUUUUUAGUUGCUAAUUAAUAUAGAUAGGAAAUAUAGGUAUGAAAUACCAAAUAUAGUAAACUUAGUUGAUGUAACUUUAGUUGUGGCAAAAUAGUGUGGAUAAAUUGUUUUAAAAGUGUAAUGGAGUUCCAAAGAAAUAUUUACAAAAAUUAAAGAUUAUGAUGAUGGGCAAGUCAAACAGACAAUGUAGUAUAUGUUGUAAUUAAUUCUAAAAAGGUAUUGCUUUUUUAUUUAAAUAGAUGAACUAAUAAUGUAGCUACCUUGUAAACAUAUAUAUCAUAAAUCUUGUGUUGAUUCUUGGCUACAGAGUAGCACGAAAUGUCCAAAUUGUAGAUCGGAUGUUUUAGAGGCUUUAAAAGAUUAGGAGAAAUGAU